CAGUAUACAUCAACAUCAGUCACAGUUGUCACUGCUCCGCGAGUGGUGGUGUCGCACGCCCUCCCUUCAUGCGUACCAACAAUUCGGGGAAGGUCGAGAACACAACACAUCACCAGAAUGUGACAACACAACCGCGCGCCGCACUCUAGCUAAUAACUUCCCUUCGUCUUCUCUAGUUACUAAAGUCAACAAACUUUUUUAUUACUUUCUAAAACGUAUUUAAUUUUCCGUGUGUGUUUCGUUUCAAGCUCGCGCCAACAAAACGUGUGUGUGUGUGUAUAAAUAAAUAUUAAUAUAGUGUUGUUAAGUUAAAUACGACAUGACUGUAUCAUAUGCCGGCGAGGUACCAAACGGCAGCAGUUUCGGAUGUUUCUGGAGGAUCCUUUGCAAAUGGCGCGGCAGCGUUUACAAGCUCGUCUGGAGAGAACUGCUGGCGUACCUCACUCUGUAUUACACCAUCAACCUGCUUUACCGGUUCGCACUCACAGAGCCACAACAGAGGAUAUUCGAGAAAGUCCGGCAGUACUUCGGCGCGCAGAGCGAGUCGAUACCCAUGUCGUUCGUGCUGGGGUUCUACGUCAGCCUCAUCGUGAAGCGCUGGUGGGAGCAGUACAAGCUGCUGCCGUGGCCCGACACGCUGGCGCUCUUCAUAUCAGCAGGCAUCCCCGGAGCGGAUGAAACCGGGCGACUGAUGAGGAGAAACAUCGUCCGGUACGCCAUCUUAGCGUACGUCAUCACUCUGCAGAGGGUGUCUCUCAGGGUGAAGCGGCGGUUUCCCACGUGGCAGCACGUUGUGGAUUCUGGUCUCAUGUUAGAAAGCGAAAGAAAGGUGUUUGAAAAGAUGGACGGAAAGAGUCCGAUGUCCAAAUACUGGAUGCCCCUAGUGUGGGCGACAAAUAUAAUAAACAGAGCAAGAAAAGAAGGACUCAUCACGAGUGACCACAUCGUGCAGACGUUGCUGGUGGAGCUGUCGGACAUCAGGAGGAGGCUCGGGGCCUUGAUUGGGUACGACACGGUGUGCGUGCCACUUGUUUAUACACAGGUGGUGACGCUGGCACUGUACACGUACUUCGUGGCGGCGCUGAUGGGACGCCAGCUGGUGCCGCCGGCGCACGGUAGCACCUCGCAGUACCACCCCGACGUCUACUUCCCUCUGUUCACGGCGCUGCAGUUUUGUUUUUACGUGGGAUGGCUGAAAGUGGCCGAGGUCCUCAUUAACCCCUUUGGAGAAGACGACGACGACAUUGAGCUCAACUGGUUGAUAGACAGACACAUAAAGGCAGCGUACAUGAUUGUGGACGAAAUGCACGAGGAGCACCCGGAGCUGCUGAAAGACCAAUACUGGGAGGAGGUGGUGCCCAAGGACCUGCCCUACACGGUGGCGUCCGAACACUACCGCCGCCACGAGCCGCCCUGCUCCGCCGACCACUAUAAGGUGAAGGCUGAAGACGCCGUGUAUGCCAACGUGCAGACCCCAAGAAAAAGCCACGAUGAGACAUAUGCUGAUUACGAGAGCGUGGACACGCCGUUGGUGGAGCGGCGGAAGAACUGGUUCCAGCGUCAGAUCUCCCGCAUGGGAUCGGUGCGGUCGGCGUCGACGGCGUACUCGUCAGGCGGGCUGUUCGGCCGCAACCGGCACAACUCGGUGGUGUACUCCAGCCCCGAGGCCGGCCAGCCCGCGCCCGCGCCCGCGCCGCCGCACAAGAUGUCGCUCUACGAGCGCCUCGUCGGCAGGAAAAGCGGCCGCGGACACCAUCGACAGAACUCCAGACAUGGUGGACAGAAAAGCAACGGCACAGCAGUGCCCAUCACGCUCCGCAACCGGCCGCGGAUCCCCACUCCAGACGUGACGAAGGAGAUCAUCGACCGCGAGAAUCGGCUCGCGAUGGGCAUGCAGAACAUGGGCGUCAUCAUGGCUCACCAGGGCUAUCAGAACGAGGUGCCGGUCCUCGGCGCUUUAGUGCUGUCUCCUAUACAAGAGCUGGACAGCGGCUCGGUGAACAACACGCUACACGCGGGCCAGCCGGGCACUACAGCUUUAGCACAGGCAGUUUUAUCUCCGUCGGGGCUAACGCCGAUGUUGACCGCGGGGCCGGUCGCCCUGUCUCCUAUGGGAGUGACACAGCUAUCACUAGUGGGUUCGACCCCGUCGACGCCUAGAACGGAGCGGAUAACGGGGUCGGCGGGCUCCGGCGCGACGCCGCCGCCGCCGCGCGCCACGGUCACGGAGCUGCCGGGCUCGGACCGCGACAGCGAGCACAGCGCCUCCAGCACCGGCACGCCGCCCGAGUUCACCAGGAAAUCUAACUCCAAACGAGGAGAAGUCUACGUUUAACCAAGUGCAUGACAUAACACUUAAAUCAGGUUUAUCGGUUCUACCUGGGGUGGUAACAUACGAUUUUGGUCUAUCGGUUUUUUACUACACUAGAUAAAUCUCGACUCGUGCACACGACGCCCGCAUUUACAAGAACGUCGUGCCUUGUGUCAUACAUAAAACUCAGAAUUUCAACGUCAAUUCAGGUACCAGGUAUUACUGAGACUAGAUUUCUGAAACCGGGGAAGAUACAACAGGCACAACAGAACAGACCAUGCAUAAAUCAACCGACGUCGUAAAAGUAGUGCAAAAGUACAUCCAGGUGGAUUCAAAGGUUAUUCAUUGGUGCCAAAAAUUUGGUGGCCAUUUUUACUUCAGGCCAUUGUAAAUAAAAUAAACACGUCUGGAACGUGUUAUUUUUAUUCCCUUUUAAGAUAUUAAAUACUAUAAAUAGACUACUGCUUAGAUAAAAAACUGACCAAACAGGCUGAAUCUCUAAAGUGAAUGAUGUUUUUGCUGUUGCCUCAUUCAUACAUUCGAAGUAACGAUGAGAGACUAGGACCUAGGUGUGCUUGUCGUGUGUGUGUGUGUGUGUGUGAGUGAGUGAUGUUAAAAAAAUACAGGUCAUACACAUGAGAGGUUUGAGCCAAAUUAUAUAUUUCAAUGUGAACCUGUUUCAAGGGCGCUAUAGAUUCUUUUAAAUAUUAUUAUUUCUCUAAGAGUUGAUGUUUUGACCUUUAGCGAAAGGACUUACUGGGUAAAAAUUAUUUUAAACUGUGUAUCAUCAUCAUUUUUAGUUAGCUGCAUACGCAACGUGAUUCUCAGGGGAGGAAUAGGGUUACGUUUUUUGAAUAUUUUUAGACGGCGGAUAAGACAUGUAUAAUACAGGUACUUAUUAAAUGAUUCGAAACACGUUGCGUAUGCACCCACCUUAGGAAUACACGCAUUACAUUGCUGUGUGGAAAUAACUAUUUAAUAAGUUGUACGUAAUUGAUGACGAUUAAGAAUGUUACUUUAUACAUACAUGUUAAACAAAACAAUCUAGCGUUUAACAUGGAACUUUCCUUAAGAGGGCUUUCAUGUGAAAAAUAGUGAAAUCGCAACUGAGCGCUUAAUAAUCAUAGCUGGGGACCGUUAAUCAAAUAGUUAACUUCGAUAAUCGCUACUCCGUUACUAUAAAAGUUAACUUCGUUAAUCGUUAAAGCGAUACAUUUCAACAAAAACGGAAGUUAAAGUUAAUCGAUAAUCCGUUAAUCGUGAUAAAAAAAUAAUUUUACUAUAGCGAGUUGCAUCAGUUAUCAACUAUUUAGUGUUUGCGUAAAUUUAUAUGUUAUUGUAAAAGCGAAAUGUUAAAUAUUGUCCUCUUUGGACUUAUACCGACGACCGGUCUGGCGCAGUCGGUAGUGACCCUGCCUGCUACGCCGCGGUCCCGGGUUCGAAUCCCGGUAAGGGCAUUUAUUUGUGUGAUGAGCUCAGAUAUUUGUUCCUGAGUCAUGGAUGU